UCUCUCACUAGUCUAGUAGUGACUACCACACACUGCAAAAAGUUAAAAUUACAGAGCAGAGAGAGAGAGAGAUGGAAGGGGAAAGCAAAGGAACAGUGUGUGUAACAGGUGGAACAGGAUUUGUGGCUUCAUGGCUCAUUAAGAGGCUUCUUCAACAGGGUUAUUCUGUCAAUACCACUGUCAGGUCCAGUCCUCAAGACAGCAAGGAAAAAACUAGUUACCUCACAAGCCUUCCCGGUGCAUCUGAAAGGCUACGAAUUUUCCAAGCAGAUCUCGACAAACCAGGCAGUUUCGACUCAGCAAUUAAAGGUUGCAUUGGUGUAUUUCAUGUUGCUCACCCCAUCGAUCUCACUGAAAAAGAAACUGCAGAAAUGAAGAUCAAUAAAUCCAUUAGUGGCACUUUAGGCAUUCUGCAGGCAUGCCUCGACUCUAAGACCGUGAAACGAGUUGUUUACACGUCAAGUGCAGCCACGGUUGUGGAUCACAACAAGGACUUAGAUGUGGUGGACGAGAACUUGUGGACUGAUGUAGAUUAUGUGAGACGGUCCAUUGAUAAUAAUUUUGCAGUUUCUUACAUCACUGCUAAGACGUUAACAGAAAGGGCAGCUCUAGAAUUCGCAGAAAAGCAUUCGUUGGAUCUUGUCACUGUAAUUCCCACUUGGAUACACGGCCCUUUCAUAUGUUCUCGUUUGCCUGGCUCAGUGAGCUCGUCGCUGGCUAUGAUCAUCGGUAACCAGAAUGUGUUGAAGUAUACCGAAAUUAUCUCUUUUGUGCAUACAGAUGAUGUGGCCAAUGCACACAUCUUUCUUUUCGAGUGUCCUAAUGCCAAAGGGAGGUACAUUUGCUCUGCCGUGGAGAUUACAGUAGACAAUUUAGCUAAAUUUCUUUCCACGAGGUACCCGGAAUUUCAAAUACGAAAUGAAGAGGAUUUAAUAGAGAGAGGACGUAAAUUAUCUGGCAUGUCAUCAAAGAAACUCUUGGAUACUGGUUUCAGGUACAAAUAUGGCCUUGAAGAAAUGUUUGAUGAAGCAAUUCAAUGUUGCAGAGAGAAGGGAUUUCUCUAAUUAUAAUUUAUAUUUGUAUAUGAAGUCCUAUCUUUUUCCCACUUUUCGUGUCUUUUGCAGCACUCUACUUCUCUUCUUGUCCAUAAACUUUCAGGAUGCUAUUUUGUUGUAUGCCAACAAUGUUUGCUAGCUUCAAUGAUGUGAAAAACUAGGGUUUUUCAAUCUCCA